AAAUCUUAGUCAUAAACAAUUAUACAAUUAUAGAAAUCGUUCUACAGAAGCUGCUCCAAUACUUAGGGAAUCUCCAGAUGAACUAUAAAAUAAAAGACAAAUGGAAUAUUAUUUAUUGUUUGAUUAUAACACCUUGUUUCUCUCAGGGAAAGAUGAUCGCUCUGUUCAGCUCUGAAUAGUACAAGCCAGCAGGAAAUACAAUAGCAGCUCGUAAUUUAGAGUUACUUCCCUCCCAAAAUAAUGCAUUUAGAGAAAGUAACUAAACGUAGAUCGAUAAAGCAUGCAUUGUCCAAAUAAAGUCCACAUUAUACAAUAGGUUUGACCUUUUCAACUACAAGCUUUGUGUUUUGUGGUUUAAAUGAAAAACAGCUUUUCUGUGUGCCGUGUUUGGUAUUCAUAAGAAGCACAGCAUUAGCCAAGCAGAGCAUUGAAAUGCUGUGCGUAUGUGUGUGCGUAUGUGUGUGCGUGUGUGUGUGUGUGUUGAUGCAUGUUUGUUUGUGUGAUAAUAAAUUUUAGCAUUCUAUCUAAUAUCACAACCAGCAUUCACUGUACACAGUAAACAGUACAAGUAUGUUGUCGUUCUUUGCAUGACUCACAUGAAUCUUCAAAUGAAUUGGAGAAAGAUUUUUACAUUCACAGGAGAAACACAUUCAGAAUACUGCUGCAUGGAUCUGUGUGUCUGUGUGUGUGUGCGUGCGUGUGUGCGCGCGCGUGUGUGUGUGUGACCCUUGUAUUGCAACCACAAUGGCUUGUUGCUACUGUGAGGGUGCAUGGGGGUGGGGAAGCAAAAAAAUUAUCAACGUUUGUUUUCUUAGUACUGCGUCCUCCUUCAAAGGAGAACUGAAAAACAGAAAUUUGUCUAAAACGCUUGACCCACACCGCAAAGAAGAAACCUCUUAGCUCCGAAAUACUGUACUGAAGAAGGCAUUUGAUAGUUAUUUGGUUUCUGUCUCCAUUUUACAGAUUUAAACAACAUCAUGUCUCCAGUUGAAAGUGACUACAUUGACUAUGAUUCAAUUACAGAUAAGCCACCACCAGAGGCUCAAGCACAUUGUACAGACGCAACGUGUGUUUUACUGGCAACAGUCAAUGUGAUAAUUGUGCUUCUUGGUAUCACUGGAAAUGGUUUGGUGAUCUGGAUUGCAGGGUUUAAGAUUAAGAAAACAGUCAACGCUGUCUGGUACCUCAGCCUCGCUGUGUCCGACUUCCUCUUCUGUGCCUUCCUGCCCUUGUCCAUUGUCUAUAUUAUUAAAAGUGAAUGGGAAUUUGGGCUUUUCAUGUGCAAGUUUGCAUCCUUCAUCUUGUCCCUCAACAUGUUCAGCAGCAUCUUCCUCCUUCUCAUCAUCAGUGUGGAUCGCUGUGUUGUGGUGAUGUUUCCUGUAUGGGCGCAAAACAAGCGCACUCUACGCAGGGCCUUGGUGAUGGUUUUACUAGCUUGGAUCGCCUCAGCAUUACUGAGUCUGCCAGCAACCAUUUUCCAAGAUAUAGAUAUAAUUAGCAAGAAAUGCUUCAGCAACUACAACCAUGAUAAUGAACAUGUCGCUGUAGUGGUAUGCCGAUUCAUUUUUGGGUUCGUGAUCCCCUUUCUGAUCAUCAUCACCUGUUACAUCCUCAUCAUCCGAAAGCUGAGAAAUAACCAGAUGGCGAGGUCCAAUAAGCCAUUUAGGGUCAUGACAACACUGAUAGUGGCUUUCUUCAUAUGCUGGCUGCCUUACCACAUUUUUAAAUUAUUGGAAUUAGACCACAACUAUCAUCAUGUCAUUCCUACUGGGCAACGAUUUGGAAUCACUCUUGCUAGCACCAACAGCUUUAUGAACCCGUUGCUUUACGCUUUCAUGGGAAAGGACUUUAAGAGAAAAUGUUAUGCAAUUCUCUCCAAGAUUGAGAGCACAUUCGAGGAGGAAGCCCGGAGCACACUCCGAGGGACGUCUAUUACUAACUCAGGAGACGGCAAACUUUCGACUGCUGUUUAAAGCGAAUCCUGCAUUAACAAAUUAAUCUGGUUCUGUCAAAAGCAAGUUCACAGGAACUUGUUUAACAGACAUUCCACAGGAUUAGAUGUUACUAUAAAUGAAAGUGAAAUGUAAGAUAUGUUUGUCUGUAACUGGAAAAAAAAAAUUAAAUUGUCAGCAAAUUGUUCAUCUACCGAAGCAUUAAAUCUCUUCAGAUUAUUUUCUAAUAACAUGACCCAAAGAGUUUCGAUUUCUUAUUUAGGUGUAUCUGGUUUCUGCAGAAAAGUACUCAUGAAAUAAUCUCAAUCUAAAAAAAAAAUAUUGACUGAGUAUUUAUUUAUUUUCACCUUCUUUAUCUCAGUUUCUAAGUCACCUUUUAUUUUAUAUUCAGUCUGCACCUUAUGUUAACAGUGUUUAGAUUUUAUUCGUAAUAAAUAAUUAUGUAUUCUUUUUUUUAUUUUUACCAUUAAUUUAUUCUGUCUUUUUUUUCAAACAAAUGU